GUGCGGGCCGGCGGCGGCGGCGGCAGCAGCAUCAAAGAGCCCCGAUUCCUGCCGCCCUGGGAGCCAUGCGCUGCUGUCUGUAAUGUCAGCGGAACAGGAGAAGGACCCCAUCGCGCUGAAGAGAUCCCGAGGUGGUGACAGUGGAUUGGAUGGGUUAGGAGGACCAGGAGUUCAACUUGGAAGCCCUGAUAAGAAAAAACGCAAAGCAAAUACACAGGGAUCAUCAUUUCCUCCUCCAUCUGAAUAUGCUCCACCGCCGAAUCCAAGCUCUGACCACCUUGUAGCUGCAAAUCCAUUUGAUGACAACUAUAAUACUGUGUCUUAUAAACCUCUUCCUUCAGGAAAUCCAUAUUUUAGUAAUCCUGGUUAUCCUGGCUUUGGAGGCUAUAACACUUUCAGAAUGCCACCUCACAUGCUACCCAGAGUGUCCUCGCCAUAUGGUGGUUCUUACUCCCUCAGAAACCAACCACAUCCUCUUCCUCAAAACCCUGUGGGCAUGGGUUUCAGUCGACCUCACUCUUUCAGCUUUGGUCCGCAUGAUAACCCAGGUUUUGGGAAUCAGCCCCCCUAUAGUGGUGGUCAGAUAAAUCAAAAUGUCAGUAUGCCUCCUCAGCAUUUCAGGCCAAAUCCUGGGGAGAACUUUGGCCAUUCUGGUCAGAUACCUCACCCUGACGUGCCGUCUAAUUUUGGUCCUGGAAACAAUCCAAAUUUUCCAAAUUCUCAGCUAGAGUCAAACCAUUCUUUUGUUCCUCCACCGAACACGUACAACCAGACAAAAUCUUCAGCACAGAAGCAAGACUUUAAUCAAGGUGCAAGCAAAGCAUCCAGCCAGAACACUGCUGCUCAUCAGCAUCAUCACAGGACAGAGGACAUUGUGAGUCAAGGUAACAGUGACCUAAAAAAUGUUACUCGAAACAAUGUGGUAAAUCAGGAUAAUAGCCAUUCCAACAGUGCUGAUAACACCAAUGCUGGGCAUUCCAAUGGGACUCAGAGUAAGUCUCGCCAGCCCCGAGGCGCUGCUGAAGGAUGCAACUCUGAAAAGAGCAGCAAAACACCCCUUCAUCCCACUCGUCAUGGUCACUCGUCCUCUGAACCUGUCUACCCAUGUGGGAUCUGUACCCACGAAGUCAAUGAUGACCAGGAUGCCAUCCUGUGUGAAGCCUCUUGUCAGAAAUGGUUUCAUCGGAUCUGCACAGGCAUGACAGAGUCGGCGUACGGCCUCCUCACAGCAGAGGCAUCGGCAGUCUGGGGCUGUGAUACUUGCAUGGCUGACAAAGAUGUCCAGUUGAUGCGCACGAGAGAGACUGCAGGACCACCUGCACUGAACACAGAAGGCUGACAGCCUCAGGUGGUGGUGGUGGAUGAAAUACGUUUUAUGAAGUUUUGGUUACAAAUUGGGUACUUCACUUUCUGCAGACAAUCAGUUGUGUUUGAUUGCUGUUGUCUUAUUUUUUCCCCUAAUCUCUUUUCAUUCAUAAAGUUCCAUCUCAGCUUUUGGAUUCUUAUUUUUAUGUGUGCAAAUGUUUUACAGGAUGGAAUAUUUUUUGUUUCUGAUUAAGCUGUAACUGACAAUUGAUCAGAAGUAGGAUGUGCAUUGACAAUUUUAUUGAAGGAAAAAAUGUGCCUGUAUGAAUAGCCCUAAUUUGCUAGUAUUAAUGUGUUAACUAACACUAGCAUUUAGUGCUCAGUUUUAAUGGUACUAUAUUUGCAAGUACUCAUUACUUUGGUUUUUUUUUGGGGGGUGAAUGUCUGGUGAUGUUCUUGCUAGCCUUUCUUUGAAUAUAGUGGAGAUGACAUGGAGGAAUGUGCAGUACUAAUAGUUGUUAUUUUAGGGUAAAUACAGAGAAUUUUGUAUGUGCUUUUUCCUAUUUUUUGAAGUAAAGCAUUAACAUGCUAUUCAGAAAUCGAUGAAUUCAUAAUUAGUAACACAAUGAAACUCGCUAACUCUUACACAUUUCUAUUUCCUUGAAAAGGCAAUAAUCUCUUUUGACUUCUCAGCAAACACUUGCUGAAGGCUCUUGCUGGGUCUUGCAAUAUUUGGAAAUAGUUAUGAAAUAUGACUAAAUUGGAAGAAGAACAGAUCAAAUUUAUGAAAUCCAGUGCUUUAAAUCUAGAGAAUGCCAAAACUGGGGUUGCAUAUGUAACCUUAACUCAUUUAUCUUGAGCACAUCCAUUAGGAUACAGUGUCUGUGUGUGUCACGGUUGUGCAGUUAUGCACCUCUCUCUCAUCCUUUCUCACUGAUGGUUCCAGUCUCCUGCCUCAGUGCUGCCUAAGAAUUGUGAAUGAACUAGUGCAUGGAAAAUCCUGCCUGUCUUCCAGGGCUCUCAGCUAGAACCUGCUCAGUCACCCUGAGCUUACGCAGUCCACUUGGCGUGAAGGAGGGUGCAAGGCAAUGGAGUGUGCUCUGCACAGGCUCUGAAUGGCAUGAUAAUUUGGCCAGCAGAGUCUUAAAACUAAAUCCCCACCACUGCCUCAGCCAGUCUUGCAGUGAGGGGGUGGGAAAUCUAGGGUGAAGAAAAAAAACACAGCUUUCAUAUCAGGUGAGUUUAGCUCAGAAGUAAUGAGAAGUUUAAGCUUCUUUGCUAAACCUGAUAUCCUACUGACAAGUAUGAGUGGCACUAGAGCUUCUGUGUGAUGCUAGGAAUUCUAUUUUAAUAUGGGUAAUUUGAUCUUAUUCUUGAUCUCAAAAAUAACUCUCCUUUUUUUUUCUUUUUCAUGUGGGGAAACAUCUAGCCUUGAACAGUUCAGCCCUAGUGUGAUAAAGUUGCAUAUGCAACCGAAGAAGUGUUUCUUUAGGGAGAAGUGUUGUUUUGACUUAAUAAAAGGAGGCACUGCAAUAACAGACUCUGCUUAUAAUACUCACCAGUGUGCUGGAAACUUAGUCUUUAAACAGGAAUUAAAUCAUAUGUCAAGUUUACAGAUGCCAGUCACGUUCCUUAACGUGAUAAAUUUUUCAGGUCUGUGAGGAUGAGUGAUGUAGGAGCUGAUAUAGAAUACAGCCUUCUAAGUAAAGAGGUAGUUUUUAAGAUAAGCUAUGCUAAUGAGUGAAAAGUAAGGCCUGUUUGCUAAUUCACCAUUGUGUUUGAUUUUAAAUGGGCUCUACUGUGGUACAUUCCUGGAAGAUACUGUGCAGACCUGCAUAACUUUUCUUGUUAUAUUUUAAAAGUGAAAAAUUUUGCUGGGUAAGUGCGGUAUUGCCCCCUUUUUUUGUCUUGCCUCUCAUCAGGAAAAAGAAAAUAAUGUCUCAAGUGUAAAUGACAUGUUUCAAAUCUUGAGGAUUUCCUGUAUGGAGAUGUAAAAGAAAGUGUAAGGCAGAUCAAGGGCUUCUGUUUUCAUCACCAGUUGCUUUAAUUUAGUACAGAAACCAGACUUAAUCUUGUUUUGUUGGAGGUGUGAUAUUUAAAAACAAAGAACAAACCAACCAAGCAACAACUUCUGUUAAAGAGAUUUAUUCUUCAGUAGGUUUCCUAAUGACUGACAGACUGUUAGAAUUUGCUUUUGGUACUAAAGUAGCAAUUAAACCAAACCUUGUUUAGAUAGAUUUGUUCCUCUGGGAAUCAGUUUAAUCUCUGCAACAAUUUGCACUGUGAAAGUAGUGGAGCUGGUUCACACCUACAGCAACAUGAAUGAAAUAAAAAAUGUGCUCAGUGAAAAUUCCAACAAAACCAAUGAUGAUAUUAUUACCUUUCCCACUCCCACACCCCUUGCCUGUUGUGAGAAGAUUUUGGGGGCAUUUUUUUCUCAGAAGUCGAAUUAAUGAUUUAAGAUUUCGGAGCAGACAUUUUAUUUAAAAUAGCCAUAUAUUCCUUAAUUUCUUCAUUGACCCUACAUGAAGUUAGGCAAGUAUUUUCUAGAUUAGCUGUCAAGGCAUUAGUGUCCUUAGAAACCUAAAGUCAACUGGAAUAUCAUUCUAUAAGACCUUUAAUUGUGUAUUUGUGAAACUUAUUCUAACAAUUUAUUUUGGUUUUUCCAAACUGAUACUAUGUUGGGUUUGUAACCCAGUACCUUUUCUGCAUUCAUUAACCUACAAAUUCAAGGCAUUAGCAAAUGUCAAUUAUAUCAAAUAAAACCAAGUGAACAACAAAACCCAAACUUGUUAGCACACUGAUCGUAGAGAUAUGACAGAUGAAGAUCUCCAAAAGUCAUCCAGCUGAUAUGCUUGCCCUACUGAUACACUCUUGGCAUACUUGAACUCUUUAUCUAGAGAGAGGGUUAUAUUUUGUUUUUCUCUGCAUGUAUUGACUAGUAGUAGUUCAAGUAUGCACAGGAAAAACAGCAAUCAUGUUUUAUUAGUAAGGUCCUAGGAAAAUGACAGCUGCUUAGAAUUAGAAGUUAGUUAUAGAAAGGUGGGUGGGAGGGAGGGAGGGCUGACUAGAGUAGGUGAGGGGUUUUGUAAUAUUCUACAUGAAACAAUUUGUAUUGAGCUAUCAUGUGCUUCUUUCAUUACUAGUAAUUUAGACUGUACCGGUGCUGCACACCAAAAAUAUUGCGAAGAUUUUGUAUGUCUUGCAAACCUUAACAUUUUUAUGGGAAGUGCCCAUGUCCCUUUUAACUUGUCAUGGUCAGAAAUGCAGCCUUUAUUGCCCAAAAUGCUUUUGUUGUUUUGUUUUCCCCUGGGCUGAAAUAAAUAGGUAUAAACUGGACUGUACUGUCCUUAAUACUUUGGGGUUUUUCGCUGGUGAUCAUUUGUAAAUGAGAAAACGUGCUUUUCUCUUUAAAACACUUGUUUUAUUGGUCAGGGUAAGUGUCAGUGCUGUACACAAGACACCAAAAAUCCUGUUUCUUGCUGUUUUACUGAUCCCUUCUGCAGCUCGAGACAAGCAGGUUAAGCAUGCCUCCUCUUUCAGCAGAUUGGAUUAAUCCUUACUUCCCGAGGUUGUUUAGAGGCCUAGUUAUUAUCUGAGAUCUUCAGAUGCAAGAAACUAGAGAAAAGUAAUGAAGUUUGCUCUACUUAAAAAUAUAAAUUUUAGGGCUGCUCAAAGAAGAUUAUACUUUGUGACCUCUGAAGUUUUUAAUCUAAGAACCAGUUUUGUAAUCACAUUUUUCAGCUUAAUUUCAAGCAUGUGAGAAUUAAUGACGUUGGUGGAACUGCAUGCACACAGUCAAGAAUGUUUCAAAGUGUUUGCAGUUUGAGGCCUGUGAUAUUUGCAAGUGAAAUGCUUCUAUGGUUUGAGAUUUUUUACAAAAUCAGUGGUGUUCAUAUGUAGCACCUUUUUAACAUUUGACUUUAUUCCAACUUGAUACGAUAACACAUUAUCUGCAUUAGGUACAUCCCUUUCAUUUUAUAAAUAAACAUUGCCUGGCAGUAAAAGUAUUGGUGUAACAUUUUUAAAAAAGGAAGUCAUGCUUCUUUUCAUGUUGUAUGUGACUUAAAUGACUGUUUCAUAUUAAAACUAAUCUUUCCUUAUGUACUGCUUAAAUAUACCUGUUUUGGGAUAUCAGUUCAGUACUUUUUAUACAAUCUUGAAUGUGUUCCACAUUGGUGACAUGUAUUUUUGCAACAACUUUUUUGUUUUGAUUUUAAAUUAGAGCAUGUCUGAUGUAAUACAUGCAUUAGUGCUGUGGUGUGUGGCAAAGUUAAUGUAUGUAAUUCAAAUUGGAAAAGUUUCCAGACUUUGUCCAACAUUAGCCCUGUGGCCAGGGAUUAAAUUACUAUGUAAUACAAAUUAUUUCAUACCAUGAUGUGUUUUAAGCUACUCUAUGAAGUAUGUGAAACAUUAUUGUUUAUGGAUUGGUAGCUGGUGUGGUAUCUUGCAUAGAAUGAGGUAUGAUAGGUGGUAGCAAUUCAUGAUAACUAAAACUAAGUACCUUUCAGAACACACAGCACUGGUGUGCAUUGUCAUCUUGUUGCCAUAACUGUUAGUAUGAAUUUUUUUAAUAUUAUCCACUGACAAAUGGGUGAACAUUUGGUAAUCAGCUCAUGGGUGUGAAAAUUCAACUCUAACACUCUUUACUUGGUUUACAAAACAUAAUUUUUUAAUCUAUUGGAUGUGAUUAAAUAUAUACAGGAGGGUGUAGAACUGGAUGUAUUUUCAAGUUAUUCUGCAAUUGCUAAGUUUUGUCUAAAGCUUUCUAUAUUAGAAUAGAUUCUUCCUUAAAAUUGGAAACUAAGUGUACUUAGCAGAAUUCUUUAAGGCAAUAUAAUUAUCCUACACUACAUCUUGAGUUAUGCAUAUUCACUUCUUUAUAUGGAGCUCCUCUGAAUUUCUUGCUUUAUAUAUAAAAAAGGGUCCCUUUAGUGGCCUAGUGUUGUGUGUCAUCAGUUCUGAGGUAAUUAAUUCUGAAUGGUGUUCAGCCCCUUGGAGGUGCUGCCUAUAACUCAAAGUCUUCAGUGUUGCCCUUAGUCUCCUGGUUUAGAAAUGGCUUAUCCCAACACCUUGGGAAUACCUAUUUCUGUAUUGUUUGCCAUACAUGAUUAAUUUUCCUUUUCAUCUUCAAACAAACUGUCUGUCUCAAAGUAGUUUUUGAUCCUACCCCACCUUUUUACUUGGAGAUUUGUGCACUGUAUUUCAGGAAUUGCUGUACUGGAGGCAGUUUGGGAUUGGAAGCCUGAGAGAUGUCAUGUCUGUUCCUAGACGCUCAUCUUCUGCUCUACAGGAUGCUCUAAAUCUGAACUUCCAUAUAGCUUAAGGAGGGCAAGCUUUUAAUGUAUUUCCUCUUUUUUUCUCCUUUUUUGAUAGUUUUUUUUGGUGAAGCGUGAAAUAAGAGAGUUUGUUAGGGAUUUUUGUUUAAAAGAUGGCCUUUCCUCCAAGCUUUUUUAUGUGGCCUUUAGAGCAAAUACUGUGUUCUUCAGGGCCUUCUGACUUGAAAUUUUUGUCCACAUUCUCCUUUCAGUCUCAAAGGUGAGUUGAAAAAGGCAAGUUACCAAUCUACUGCCAUCCAAACAAUGCAAACUAUAAGAUGAUUAAGAGUGCUGACAUUUAAUUUUUUUGUUAGUUUGUUAAUGAUGAUGUGACAUUUUUACCUUUCAGAAGAACAUAUAUCAGAAUCUGAUUCAAGUGUUCUUGGAAAAUGUAUAUGGUAGUUUUUGUCUGGCACUGUAUGUAACUUUGUUGCUUUCUGUUGUCUGGUUUCGGUUCCUUUUAAAAUAAAGAUAAUUUUUGCGGGGAA